AUGGAGGUCACAGCUGUCUGCCUCACACUCGUAAUGAAUGUGUUGAUGCUGCUGGUUGCACAAAUUCAGCAUGGCUAUAAUGCUCAGAAAGGUGAUGCAGCUCUUCUUCACAUUGAUCCAAACAGACUGCAGCUCUUUCGAUACGAGCCUGUCUCCGUCAGCUGCGAGGAGUUUGAAGGCUCUUCUGGAUGGAGAGUGAUGAGGACGAUCAAGGGAGAAAUUAAAGCGUGUAGCACAAACCAGGAAACAUCAAGAGAGUCCUCGUGCUCCAUAAACAAUGCCUACUCAGCAGACGGUGGGGAAUACUGGUGUGAGAACGAAAGGGGAGAGAGAAGCCACGCUGUCAACAUCACUGUCACAGAUGGCUCUGUGGUCCUGGAGAGUCCUGUCCUCCCUGUGAUGGAGGGAAGUGAUGUCACUCUGCGCUGUAAAGCCAAGACGACUCCCUCCAACCUCACAGCUGAUUUCUAUAAAGAUGGCUUCCUCUUCGGGAACGGCUCAACAGGAGAGAUGACCAUCCACAGCGUCUCCAAGUCUGAUGAAGGUUUCUACAAGUGCAGCAUCUCUGACUCUGAGGAAUCACCCGAGAGCUGGCUGGCUGUCAGAGUUCCUCACAGGAUUUUGACUGGUUCGGCCUCUUUGUGGCCUCCAGUAACCCCUCAGUUGCAGCGUGGCCUGAUGGUUUUUCCCGAGUACAAAAAGAAACUGAGCUCCCAGGAACAGCUGGAUGCGUGUGAGGCUAUUUCAACUUCGCCUCAAUCUCACUCAGCAGCUUCUGUAUCUGGUUCAGUACCUCCCUCCCUCUGA